AGCAGCUUUAAAAGGCAGAACUCUCUUUCUCGGAGACGUAUUCAGCAGAGAGUUAUUCAGCAGUGAAAGUGAUAAGAGCUGUGCAGAGAGAAGAAAAGUAGCGAAGAACCUGUCAAACAUCAGAAGAUCAGAAAACCUCCGUUGUUAAAAGUUUGAUUGUUUUCGAAAAAUGAAGAUGACAAGCGACAAAAUCCCCAUCAGCCCUCUACUGGUUUUCCUGGCCUUGCUGACCAUUACUGAAGGUAUAAGUCUGCGGGGGUUGGGGAUGGAACUACGCUGCCGCUGCAUCCAGACAGAAAGCCGUCAGAUUCGUCCUCACAUCAGGAAGGUGGAGAUCAUUCCGGCCAAUUCUCACUGUGAAGAAUCUGAGAUCAUUGCCACUCUGAAAAUAUCGGGCCUAGAGGUCUGUCUGGAUCCUGAAGCUCCAUGGGUCAAGAAAGUUAUUGAGAGGAUGAUGUCAAGGUAAGCCCAGAACCCUCUCUCCUAAAGGCAACCAGACUCUCUGAUUCAUAGGUCCAGAACUACGCUUGAAUGAUC